AUGAAGAGAAUUUCUCUCCGAAAUGGCAAUGGUAUUCUUUUCACAUCUUUCGUUUCUACUUCAUAUUCUUGUUUUUCCCCAAUAACAGUCAGAGUUUAUAGUAAUAAAUCCAUUUCGGUACUGAGUAAAUUUAGGGCAAAUAGCAAUUUUGAGUGUUUAGAUGAUGCUCUGAUUCUCUUUAAGCAAAUGGUUACAAUGAAGCCUCUUCCUUCUCUUGUCAAUUUUUCUAAAUUAUUUAAGACUAUGAUAAAUAUGAAACAUUAUUCUGCCGUCGUUUCUCUUUUUCGAGAAAUGCAGAAAUUGGGUAUCCCAAUUAAUGGAGUCAUCUUGAAUAGUGUGAUUAACAGUUAUUCGCUGAUGCAUCGUGCUGAUUGUGGGUUUUCGGUGUUACCCAUUUACUUGAAGAAUGGUAUUUCAUUUGAUGUUGUCACAUUUACUGCCUUAAUUAGGGUUUGUGAACCUGAUGAAGUCAUAUAUGCAACCGUCAUGAAUGGGCUUAGUAAAAGGGAUCAUACGGAGAAGACUUUAAGUUUGCUCCGGUUAAUGGAACAAGGGAACACUAAGCCUGACAUAUUCAUCUACACCAUUGUUGUUGAUGCACUUUGCAAAGAUAGAAACUUAGAUGGUGCUAUAAGUCUUCUGAACGAAAUGAAGCAGAAAGGCAUUCCUCCAGACAUAGUCACGUAUAAUUCAUUGAUUGAUGGUUUGUGUAAGUUUGGUCAAUGGGAAAAGGUUAGGAUUUUGUUCUCUGAAAUGAUGAACCUUAAUAUUUAUACAGAUGUGCGCACCUUCACUAUACUAACAGAUGGAUUAUGCAAAGAAGGGAAAGUAGAAGACGCUGAGGAAGUAAUGAGACAAAUGGUCAGAAAAGGUGUAGAACCUAAUAUAAUUAUAUACACUGCGAUAAUGGACGGCUAUUGUUUGCAUGGUGAACUAGAUAGAGCGAGGAGACUUCCGACUUCAUUCUUGCAUCAUUUUGAUUUCAUGAUAGAUAAGAAAAUUGAACCUGACAUUAUUAGUUAUAGUGUACUGAUAAAUGGAUACUGUAAAGAAAAGCCAUUGGCCGAGGCCAUGCAAUUGUUUCAUGAAAUUUCUCAAAAUGGAUCAAAACCUGAUAUUUUUACCUACAAUAUCCUCUUGCAAGGUCUGUUUGAAGCUGGAAAAAUUGACUCUGCAAAAAAAAUCUUUGCUGAGAUGCUAUCAACAGUGCUCGUACCUGAUUUAUAUACUCUCUGCACUUUGCUCAAUGGUUAUUUUAAAUAUGGACUUGUUGAAGAAGCUAUGUCGUUCUUUAAUAAGUUGGAAAGAAAAAUUGAAUAUACUAGUAUUGAAUUUUACAAUGUUGUCAUUAAUGGAUUGUGCAAAAAUAGUGAACUCGACAAAGCUCGUGUGAUAUUUGAGAAGCUUUCUUUAAUUGGAAUGCUUCCGAAUGUGAGAACAUACACUAUAAUGAUAAAUGGAUUUAUUCUCGAAGGGUUUUUGAAUGAAGCUAAAGAUAUGCUUAGAAAAUAGGACAACGGUUGUAUGCCAAACAAUGUUAAUGAAAUGGCAACUUAUAUGAAGGAAAUGGUUAGAAAGGGCUUCUCAUGCGAUGCAGAUACAACUGAGUUACUGGUAAACGUUAUAAGGGAGAAUCCUUCUGUCCUUGACAUGAUACCUGAGUUUCGAUCUGAACAUAAGAAGUGAAUAUUUCUUUCUCUUGCUUUAUUUGGCUUUACUUUCACAAUGAGAAGUGGCAUCCAUGCA